AAAUCGAUGGAUUCCAUCUUACAGUUUCCCCCAAAUUCAAACCACAGAAGCUAAAUUAAACUCGACGGAAUCCAUCUCGCCGCCUUCUACUCUUCGAUUCCUUGCAAUUCGCCACGGCGUCGAUGUCUUCCUCCGUCAGGAUGAUCGACAUAGCCGUCAACUUCACAGACAGCAUGUUUAAAGGGAUCUACAAUGGCCGGCAGUGCCACGCCGCUGAUAUCCCGACCGUGUUAGCUCGUGCGUGGAGCGCCGGAGUCGAUCGGAUCAUUGUGAUGCUUCUUCUUGCGUGUCCUGUCACAGGGGGAUCACUGCAUGAAUCAAAGGAGGCCCUCGCUAUCGCAGAAACUGAUGGACGCCUCUAUUGUACGGUCGGUGUGCAUCCUACUAGAUGUAAGGAAUUUGAAGACAGUGGGGACCCUGACCAAUAUUUCCAGGCGCUUGUGUCUUUAGCUCGGGAGGGCAUUGAGAAAGGCAAGGUACACUUCAAAUAACAUAUUUUUGUGCUGUCAGUUUGCUUGAACUGCAUAAUGUUUUGAUUGAUGAGGUAGGAACAUGGCUGUAUAGAUUGUGUUGUUCUCUCUGAGUCACAGCCAUAUGCACACCUACAGUUAGAUCAUGUACUAAUGAAAGCCCAUCUGGCCGACUU